AUGACUGACUACCACAAGAUACCAUACCGCUGGCAAAUGGUGCAUAGGCUCCAGGUCCUUAAGGACAAUGUUACACAGGACAUUUGUGAUCUUAUGGAAGCGGCCGGGCUGCUAGCUACUCUGGGCCUACCUCAGGACUCUCUGGUCACCACUGGACAAGACGUGGCAGAGCGAGCAUCCCAUAAAUGGAAUCCUGCUACAGCAAAAACAUUCACACCUAGAGGGCAACAGCCAGCCUCCGGCACAGCGGAUGUUACCUGA